AUGCCCCUCAAGAAACAGGCUCAGGCCGGGGGCAGCAAAAAGGUGGAGCAGAAAAAGAAGGAGAAGAUUAUCGAGGACAAAACUUUUGGUCUAAAGAAUAAGAAAGGAGCAAAGCAACAGAAGUUUAUCAAGGCUGUCACUCAUCAAGUUAAAUCUGGUCAACAAAAUCCACUUCAGGUAGCACAAAGUGAAGCUGAAAAGAAGUUGAAGAAAGAUGACAAGAAGAAGGAAUUGCAAGAGCUAAAUGAGUUGUUCAAACCUGUAGUUGCCGCUCAAAAAAUAAGUAAAGGUUCAGAUCCUAAAUCCAUGGUAUGUGCAUUCUUCAAGCAAGGACAGUGUACUAAAGGAGGUAAGUGUAAGUUCUCUCAUGACUUGACUCUGGAGACAAAAUGUGAAAGGCGAAGUGUUUACAUUGAUGCAAGAGAUGAAGAGCUUGAUAAAGAUACUACGGAUAAUUGGCAUGAGAAAAAACUGGAAGAAGUAGUAAAGAAGAAGCACGGUAAGGUGGAAGAGAAAAAAACAAAAACUCAAAUAGUGUGCAAGCAUUUCCGUGAAGCUAUUGAAAACAACAAAUAUGGCUGGUUUGGGGUAUGCCCUAACGGGGGUAAUAUUUGCAUGUAUCGUCAUGCACUUUCUCCUGGGUUUGUCUUUAAAAAAGAAAAAGAAGAAAAAGAAGAUGAAAUUUCAUUAGAAGAUCGAAUUGAAAGAGAACAUUCUGCCGUAGGUCCAAAUGUUACCAAAGUCACAUUAGAAUCUUUUCUUGCAUGGAAGAAGAGAAAAAGACAAGAAAAGAUUGAUAAACUUGAGCAAGAAGAAAGAAGGAAAGCAGACUUCAAAGCAGGGAAAGCAUUAGUGAUUAGUGGUUGUGAGGUGUUUGAAUUUCGUCCUGAACUGGUUGAUGAUGAGGAGGAGGAAGCAGAUGAUACCUGUUAUACCCAGGGAACAGGUGGUGAUGAGGUUGAUGAUUCAGUGAGCAUAAAUGACAUAGAUUUAAGCCUGUACAUCCCAAGAGAUGUAGAUGAGACAGGUAUUACUGUAGCCAGUCUUGAAAGAUUUAGCACAUGUACUUCAGAAAAGGAUGAAAACAAAUUAAGUGAAGCUUCUGGAGGUAGGGCUGAAAAUGGUGAAAGAAGUGAUUUGGAAAAGGACAACGAAAGGGAAGGACAGGAAACUGGAGCCAUUGAUUAUGUUUCUGUUGAUGAAAAUCUUCUUACUGGGGAAGAUUUGGAUGAACUAGAAGAAGAAUUAAACACACUUGAUUUAGAAGAAUGA